AUGAGUCGCUUUUCUUGCAUCUUCCCUACCCUAACGGAUGGGUAUGUCCCAAAUCUAGAUCAAACUCGUGCCGCAGGUCGGCGAACAUACACGAUCGACCGGAGAGGAUGGACCGCCCCAAGCAGUCAGACAGAAUCGCACAUCCUAGCAGCCUGGGGCCUUGUUCUAUCCAGCUACGUAGGCACCGAUGAAGUGGCUUUCUACAUUGUGCCAACGACUGGUCCGGACACAACAGCAUUGGCUGAAUUGAAGGUCGAGGGAGACAUGUCUCGCCGGUCCCUCAUCAACGCUGCCGAGCAGUUGUUGCACCCAGGACCCGUGGGUGCCGGCCAGGUGUCUGGGGAGUCUGCCAAUACGAUAAUCACCUUUGAGAAGGAUAUUGAGUCGUUAUUUGUUACUCAGGCCGAGGCAGCAAAUGUGGGCACUGCGAUGGCCCAGGCGCUCGCCGAGGUGGGGGCAGACGACCACAAUAGGUUAAUCAAGAACCUCAAUCUCAUGAGCCCGACACACCUGGAAAGCAUCUGGCAGUUUAAUGCCAAUGUUCCCGGUAUGUGGGAGGAGUGCUUUCAUGAUGUGAUUGAGCGUCGCGCCGCGAAUCGCCCACACUCCCUGGCGGUCGAUGCCUGGGAUAUGAAGCUCACCUACGCCGACCUCGUAAGGGAGGCACGUCUGCUCGCCGCAUACCUGCAGCACCGCGGCGUGCGUCCAGGAUCCGUGGUCCCCAUUUCAUUCGAACGGUCGGGAGCAGCUCUGGUUGCCAUGCUGGCUGUGUCCAAGGCCGGCGGAGCCUUUGUCAGUGUGCCACCGACUCUCCCUGCUGGACGACUCGACGCCAUUCUGGAAGUCAUCGAAGCACCGUUUGUGGUAACUUGGUCGAAGUACGAACCAUUCUGGGCCGAACGCCUCCCUACGCUCCCUAUAGACAGCUAUCCCAAGCCAUCUGCAGAUGCGACGGUGAAAACCCUCGGAAAGCCCGAGGACCUUUUCUAUGUAAUUUUCACUAGCGGUUCGACAGGCCGGCCGAAAGGCUGCAUGCUGUCCCACUCGAACUGGCUGAACGGCGCGCUUCGUAACGCUCCUAGUUGGAAGUAUGGUCCCGAGAGCCGUGUCCUGCAAAUGCUGAGCCACACCUUCGACAUGAGUCUGCUGGAGAUCUGCACCAGUCUGGGAUCCGGGGCCUGCGUGUGUGUGCCACGCACAGAGGAAAUCGAAACCAGCGUCUCCGAUGCCAUCAACAGGUGGCAGGUUAAUCAUGUUAUCAUGACACCUUCACUUGCCCGCUCCUUGAGACGCGACGACGUGCCCGGGCUGAAGACAAUGUGCCUUGGUGGUGAAGCCUUCCCCAGGGAGAUUGUCACCAUGUGGUCCGAGCGGAUUAAUCUGUGGCAAUUCUACGGCCCCAGCGAGUGCUCAAUUAACUCGUCAUCGCGGCCAAUCACACGGCCCGAUGCGGAUCCGUUGAAUAUCGGUCCUCCCAACUCGGCUGCUUGCUGGGUAGUAGAUACUCAAGAUUACAAUAAACUGGUUCCCGUUGGUGCUAUUGGAGAGCUACUUGUUUCUGGACCUAUUGUCGGCAUGGGAUAUCUCAAAAAUCCCAUUAAGACAGCCGAGGCUUUCCUUGAUGAAGUCGGGUUCGUGGCGAAGGAUGAUCCCCAGUUUGGUGGAUUCCGGUUUUACCGAACAGGUGAUCUCGUGCGGUGGAACUCGGACGGUACUAUCACUUUCUGCGGCCGUGCUGAUACGCAAGUCAAGCUUAAUGGCCAGCGACUUGAACUGGCCGAGGUGGAAUAUCAGCUGGGGCUGGAAGCUGGCGUUCAGUAUGCCAUUGCAAUGGCACCUCAAUCUGGUCGGUGCAAGAACAAUCUGAUUGCUGUUCUCACCGUCAAGUGCGGCGGCGCUAGCAACCAGGGUAAUGCUGACGACGAAAUCCCACUGCUGGACCGCCACGAUCCGAUUGUCCAGCAGACCGUUAAGAAGCUGCGUUCGCAACUUCAGCACGCUCUGCCGCGGUAUAUGGUGCCCACCAUCUGGGCGUUCGUUGGGCGCAUGCCCAUGUCACCGUCUGGCAAGAUUGAUCGCGUACAACUGAGGAACUGGGUGCAAGAGAUGAGCCAGGAGACGUUCGACGCAAUCACCGGUCGAAGUUUCGAGGCGGAAGAUCAUGUUCUCGGCCUCAGCCAGCUAGAGCAGGAGAUCCAGCUCGCCUGGGCCGAAGCUCUGGGUCUCUCCGCCGCUGAGGUGGGCUUGCAGCAGCCAUUUGUCGCGCUAGGCGGGGAUUCCAUCAAGGCCCUCGAUGCCGUAGCUAGAUGUCGGGCUCGUCAGAUCAAGAUUAGCAUGGUGCAUAUCUUGUCUUGCGAAGGCGUCCGAGAGGCUUCCUCGCUGGCAGAAGUGCAGGAGACCCCUGCUCAUCAGGUGGCCGAGAUCGCGGUGGAUUACUCGGAUCUGUGGACCCGUCUGUCCACUGAAUAUGACAUUAGCAAGCUGGGCGUCACGCAGGUUGAAGAGGUGGAGGAUGUCUUCCCCUGCACAACCAUGCAAGAGGGCAUGUUCCUCGGCCAGAUCCGUCGGCCUGGAGCCUACCACAUGCGUUUUUUCCACCGCGUUCAGCUGAAGGGUGGUUCCCUACCGACCGUUGAACGCAUCCAGCAGGCCUGGGCCUCCCUUGUCGAGAGACAUCCUUCAUUACGCACAGUCUUCGUGGAUGAUCUGUCCUCAGAGGCCAUUUAUCAUUCGGUCGUGCUGCGGUCCGUGCCGAUGGAGCUUACAAUGCGUGAGGUGCCGCGAGACCUCAACCCCGAAUCGGCCCUCGCUAUGUUCACGGAGGAGCUCGUGCCCUUUCGUCCUAAUGCCCCAUUACAUCGCAUGCUUCUGCUGACCUGCCGCGGACGCGUCCCAUAUCUUAUGCUGGAAAUUUCUCACGUCAUCAUGGACGGCUAUGCGCUGUCGGUUUUCCGACGCGAGUUCAUCCGCGCCUGCUCCUCCACUGCCUCCCUGCCGCGAGGCCCAGACUACCGCAUGUUUGCCAACUACCAUCGCACACGACAAACCGACGAGAGUGCAAAGUAUUGGACAAAUUACCUAGCCGACUGUGUGCCAUGCCACAUCCCUACGGAUCCGUUGAGUGUGCCGACGGAUGCCUCCCCUGAAUGGCCUCGGACGCUGCAGCGCCGCGACUUUGGCUUCGACAACAGCGUAGCGUUCCUGCAGCGAUGCAAAGAGCGCCAGGUUACACUCGCUUGUGCGAUCCGCGCUGCCUGGGCGCUGGUGCUACGCGCCUACACCCAAUCACGGGAUGUUUGCUUCGGCUACGUCUCCUCCGGGCGCAACGUGCCGGUGCCCGAGGUCGAGACUAUUUUUGGUUUGUGUCUCAGUAUGCAGGUCUGUCGCGCAAAGCUAAGCGAGGCUUCCACAAUCGCUAGCCUCGCUAGGAAGAUCCAGGAGGAUUAUGUUGCUAGCUUGCCAUUCCAGCACUACCCAUUGGCAGAGGCACAACGCGGGCUGAAGCAAACACAUGGACAGGGGCUGUUCAACACGGCGAUCUCCAUGGAAUGGGUGCCUCCGACAGCGGAGGAUGAGGAUGCCUUGCUGGAUUUGGAGGAGAUUCGUGAACAGGAUGACCCGACUGAGUACGACAUCGCCAUCAGUGUGGAUAUCCACGAAGGCCACAUCAAACUGGGCUUCCUCUAUUGGCCCAACUUGAGCGACUUCCAGAUUACCCAUCUCGCCGAGGCCCUCCAGGGUGCCAUGAACUGCUUUGCCUUUCAGCCAGACGUGGCCCUGAACACUCUCACUCUUCUGCAGGCCAGUGAUUUGUGCUCCACCCUAACUAACGGACCUACCCUGCUGCCUCUAGAAGCCGUCCGCGGCAACGUGAUAUCGAUGAUAGACCGCUGGGUGACCCGCCAGCCGGAGAGCCCUGCCAUCGACGGCUGGGAUGGAUCCCUGACCUACAAGCAACUGCACGAGCAAUCCUCCUGGGUGGCUCGCAAUCUGCUUCAUCAAGGGGUAAAAUUGGGAGACCGCAUCCUGGUGUGUGCAGACCGGUCAAGUCGCACUGUGGUAACAAUUCUAGGCGUCGUGCGGGCAGGAUGCGUGCUGGUGCUCUCGAACCCGACGGACCCGGAAAAGCGCCUGCAGUGGCUGGCACACAAGUGCAAUGCUACCCUGGUCGUUGCUGAUCCUGCAUACGAAGAGCGGUUUGCGACUUCCGGUGCUCGUGUAUUUUCAACAACCUCCGUUUGUGCCCCCGCAGCCUGGGACUACGAGUUCUCAGCUCUGGACGAUCAGGACCUUGUCAGCAUCCUCUUUACCUCCGGCAGCACCGGCACCCCGAAAGGCAUAUUGAUGGACCAUGGGGCACUCGCGACCAGUGUUCUCCUGGGCCAUGGCCGCACGUUACGCUUCUCACGCCACACCCGCAUGCUGCAUUUUGCCUCCCUAACUUUUGACGCCGCUCUGGCGGAGAUCUUUACCACCUUGGCACAUGGUGGGUGUAUCUGCGUGCCGUGUGAGGAAGACCGUCUCUCUGACGUGUCGGGUUGUAUCUCCCGCUUUGCGGUCAACACCGCUAUGCUGACACCCUCCGUCGGGCGGCUGCUGGAUCCCGAGGCUCUGCCAACGCUGAAGGCUCUGGCCAUGAUCGGCGAACCGAUGUCCCGGUUGGAUGUUGAGCGGUUCGCCCCGGUACUUGACCUCUACAAUGGUGCAGGACCUACGGAAACAUCCAUAAUGGUAACAAUUGCCGGGCCGAUGAAACCGACUGAUGAGCCAGUGAAUCUGGGUUAUGCCGUGGCCGGCGUUAGGCUGUGGGUGACUGAGGCUGAGAACCCUAAUCGCCUGGCUCCGUUGGGAGCAGUCGGAGAGUUGAUCGUCGAGGGCCGCUUGGUCACUCGCGGAUACCUGGAUGAUCCAGCACGCACUAGGGAGUCUUUCCUUCCCAAUUUACCAUGGCUUCCGUCUCAGCAUGCCUUGUACCGAACAGGCGAUUUGGUGCGCUAUGCGGAAGAUGGCAGCUUGCGGUAUAUGGGACGGAAGGACACGCAGGUCAAGUUGCGUGGACAACGCAUUGAGCUACAAGAGGUCGAGUAUCAUCUGCGAAAGAGCUUACAGCAGGCACAGGUUGUGGUGGAGAUGGUCAUUCCAGAGGGGAAAAUUCGUGCUCAGGCAAGCUUAGUGGCUUUUGUCAGUGGUUUGACAGCGGCAGAUGUUGAGUCGUCUUCGGCGCGUAACUUUGACCAGUCGAUGCCCAUGUCACAAAUCGCCUUGCCCGGCAGUACGAUCCAAGCGCUUGAGGAAGCCCUGCCUCGCUAUAUGAUCCCGUCGGUGUAUUUCGCCCUGGACACGAUCCCGCUCUCAGUCAACGGCAAGGCAGAUCGGCGAAGACUGCGUGAGAUAGGUGCCGCGCUGCUGGUAUCCAGUACCGCCCAUAAGAACACUGUUGAUGGAAAGAGCGAGCCUGUCAAAUGGACAGCAUCUUCGAAAUUGGAGCUGACACUGUUGGAAUUGUGGACUACGACACUUGGACUUGAGGCUGAAACAAUCUAUGGCGAUGAUAGCUUCUUUGAAUUAGGCGGCGACUCUGUUUCUGCCAUGAAGCUGGUGGCCACGGCUCGGGAUAGAUUCAAGCUGUCGUUGAGUGUUCCUCAAAUGUUCAGACACCCCACUAUUCAUCAGCUUGCCGCCAUACUUGGGGAGGCCACUGGGCAGCCAGAAAGCUCAGCUUCGUCCACGACUGAGGAAGGAUUCACAUUCAGCACGCCAGAUGACUCCUCCACCAAUGACGGGGUCGAUGACGAUUUUCUACGGCUGGCCACCGCUCAGCUUGCCCAACUGGCGCAAGAGAAGGGUAAGAAGGUGGAUAUUGCUGCUCUUCUAAAGCAGCUGCAAGGCGGUUCCUCUUCCUGUAAGACCCCAUCCGUGUCUUCCUCCUCAUCAUCGUCGUCGUCGAGGAAGAAGAAGUCAGCCAAAGUGGUGUCCCCAGUCGAAGCACCUGCUCCUGUCCCAGUGCCAUUUUCCUUGUUGGAUGGCGGCGCUGAUGUUGUAGAGAAGAUUCGUGCACAGGCCGUGGAGCAGUGCAAGAUCCUACCCGGGGAUAUUGAAGAUAUUUAUCCCGCCACCGCUCUACAGGAGGGGAUGAUGGCGCUGAUGGCCAGGACACCCGGGGUUUAUACAACAACUUUAACAUGUGAGCUCCCUGAGCGGGUUAAUCUUGCACGGCUGCACUCCGCAUGGGAUAAAGCUGCCGAGGCGCAUCCAAUUUUGCGGACGCGGAUUAUCCUCACCGAAAACAACACGGCAGUGCAGGUUGUGCAGCGUGCGAAAGAGCUUCCAUGGGAUGCCUAUUCCCUUCAGGAUGGCGACCCUCUGCCAGACCUAACGUCGAACAUGACCCUUGGUUCUACCCUUCUGCGCCUAGCUGAGAUACACCGGCAAAACCAGCCUCGGAUGCUGCUGGUGGCCAUUCAUCACGCUCUCUACGACGGAUGGUCAAUGCCACUGCUCAAACAGGCAGUUGAGGAUGUCUAUCAUGGACAGGAGUUGUGGCCACAGCCCUUCACCCCAUUCAUUAAUUACCUAAAUGAGGGAAAGCCGGCGGCACAAGGCUACUGGACCGCCCACCUGGACGGCUUCGCAGGAAGCGUCUUCCCUAAUUUGCCUAGCAUAAACCACCAUAUCCAGCCGACGGAGCGUCGAACCCGCUCACUGGCCGUGCCGACAGCGCCCCCCGGAUCGCAGUAUACUAUGGCGACAAAAAUCCAAGCAGCGUGGGCUGUCACGGUUUCGCGAUAUGCAGAGGCUGAGGACAUUGUCUUUGGUACCGUUAGUACCGGUCGUUCGGCACCUGUGCCGUCGAUUGAUCGCAUGGUCGGUCCCACCAUCACGACUGUGCCUGUUCGCAUCUCGCUCGGCAACCAGGCAGAGCGUCUCACCUCACUGCUGCAGAGGGUCCAAGAGGAUGGCUGGAACAGGAUGGAUCAUGAACACCUGGGCCUCCAGCACAUCCGCCGUCUCGGUGAAUCUGCUGCUGCUGCUUGUAACCUCCAGACGCUGUUAGUAAUUCAGCCUCGUGAAGAGCCUCGUGCCAAAUCCAUUUCCACCUUACUUUCAGGAUUGCAAGACGUGGCUGAACUCAAGGGCGUGGAUACGUAUCCGCUAAUGUUGGUGUGCGAGCCUGAUGGUGUCAGUCUGCAUUUGACUGCCGUGUUUGAUCCAGCCGUCCUGGACGCAGUCAUGCUGGACCGGAUGCUUGCUCAUUGGGAGCUCGUUCUAAAUCAAAUAUGGAGUGAGCCGGACAUGGCAGUGAUGGGGCUUGAUGGCGUAUCAUACAGGGAUAAGCAGACAUUGGUAAGAUGGAAUGCUGGAGAAAAGAUUGCUGAUGGAUGUGCCCAUGACGCGGUGUAUGAGUGGAGUGUCCGCACCCCUCAUGCACCCGCUGUCUUCGCUUGGGAUGGUAAAUGGACCUACGAGGAACUGGAGAAGUGCUCCUCUCUCAUAGCCAGUCAGGUCCUAGUCCAUGGUGUCUCCUCCGGAGACUUUGUUGCUCUUUACCACGAGAAGUCUCGAUGGGCGGCGGCCGCAAUUCUCGCGGUGUUCAAAGCCGGCGGCAUCCUGGUUACCUUGGACCCGGCCCAUCCCAAAGACAGAAUCAAGGAUAUCCUGGAUCAAGCACGGCCGCGACUCGUACUGACCUCUCAGUCUCUCCUCGAUGAGGCUAGAGAACUUGAGACCCCGGUCAUGGUUGUACAGUUCGCAGCAUCCCAACCAAUGCCCGGAGAAUGCUUCCCUCUACCCACAGUAAGCCCCACCCAGGCUGCAUAUGCUCCGUUUACCUCUGGAUCUACAGGUCGACCAAAAGGGAUUCCAUUAGAGCAUCGGGGACUGGCUGCUUCAACUGCUUCAGUAGCUCGUGCCUGCCUACUGCGCCCAGCAUCCCGAGUCCUUCAUUUUGCCAGCUUCGCCUUUGAUGCCAGUAUGAUGGAGCACCUGAUAGCCUGGCACGCCGGCAGCUGUCUCUGUAUCCCGGUUGAAACUGUCAGGCAGACGGAUCUGGCCAGGUGCAUACGAGACUUCGAAGUUACUUGGGCUUUUCUCACACCUUCAUGCCUACGGCUAAUCUCCCCCGAUGAUGUUCAGUCCCUUGAAGCCCUGGGUCUAGGUGGUGAGUCUAUGACGCCCGAGGAUAUUUUCAUCUGGGGUCCGCGACUCCGCCAGAUUGUCCAGCUAUACGGCCCGGCGGAGUGUUCCAUUGUGGCCGCGUUGACAGAAGUUACCAAGCCAUCGGAGAACCGAUUGAUAGGGAGACCCAAUGCCUGUCGAUGCUGGGUAGUUGACCCACACAGCCCAGAUCGCCUAGCGCCCCUAGGUGCUGUCGGAGAGCUGGUAAUUGAGGGGAUCACUGUCGGUCGGGGUUAUAUUGACGAUCCCGAGCGAACCACCCAAGCAUUUAUACCACCCCCUACAUGGAUUCAAACACUGUAUCCGAAUGAGCAACAGCCAAGUCGCCUCUAUCGGACCGGUGAUCUCGUACGGUAUGCUGGUACGGACGGGAAGCUGACCUUCAUCGGGCGAAGGGACGGCCAACUCAAGCUUCACGGACAACGUAUAGAGUUGGCGGACGUCGAAGCUCACCUCCGUCCUCUAAUACCCGGCACGCAGAAGGUUGUUGUAGAGAUGGUUCACAGUGUGGGCAACCACCACCCCCUUUUAGCUGCCUUUGUGGAAGAAAUAUUGACAUCACAAGAUCAAGUGGAGCAAGUGGUUAAUCUAUUGCACCCAAGUCAAACCCAAUGUGCCCUGAAUGUCAAGGCCAUCGAUAGUGCACUGUCCCAAACGGUUCCCCAAUACAUGAUUCCUAGCAUGUAUCUACAUAUCUCCCGCCUGCCCCUAAGCGCAUCUGGAAAGCUCAACCGUCGCCACCUGCGUAGGUUGGUCGCAGAGUUUCCACGUCAGAGACUCAGUGAAUACGCUGCUGGAUCAGGCCUCGCAGUCCCGAACCGGCCGGCAACAGCUCAGGAGCGUGAAAUGCAGGCUAUCUGGGCGCGAGUAUUGUCAGUUGACCCGGACACAAUCGGAGUCAACGAAGACUUUUUCCGCAUCGGCGGCGACUCCAUUUCCGGGAUGCAGGUUGCCACGAGAUGCAAUGCGGCAGGCAUGCAUAUCACCAGUGCGGAUCUCUUCCAACACCGUACCAUCGAGCAACUGAUGCGCCAUCUUAGUGCUAAUGGAAAGACUGGCUCCGCGUCAAUCUCACUACCUCCAGAGCCGGUGGACGAGUGGGUUCCUCUUGCCCCCAUCCAGCAACUCUUCUUCGAAAUCGCCCCACAGGGUCCAGAUCACUUCAACCAGAGCCUGCUCCUGCGCACUAGCCGCCGGGUCAGUGCAGAAAAACUCGCCGGAGGCCUAGAUAUUCUCGUGGGACGACAUUCUAUGCUACGCGCGAGAUUUUGUCGCGAUGAUUCCGGCCAAUGGUCCCAGCAGGUAAGGUCGCGCGGCCCGUACCCUGCUAGUGCAUUUUACCGGUUGACCACACACAACCACAUCGCUCCUGAGUUGCUGUCGUCACUUCUUGCUGCGUCUCAGAUGGCCUUGUCUAUUCAAGAGGGGCCGCUCUUAGCCGUUGAUCUGGUGAAUUUGACGGACGAUACUCAGCUCGUCUACUUGGUGGCCCAUCAUCUCAUUAUCGACCUGGUCUCGUGGCGCAUCUUGCACGCGGAAUUGGAGGAAUAUCUGCAGACGGGCUCCUUCGCGUCCACCACAGGCUCUGUCCCCUUCUUGACCUGGAGUCGAGCACAGGCCGAAUACAGCGCUAAUCACCUUACUCCCACACUUCCUCUACCUGGCUUCCAGGAAGCAAACGAUGGCUUCGAUGCCUCGAGGUACUGGGGGAUUUCUUGCGAGUCGAACACAUUCGGGCAAACCUCCACUUCCACGUUCACCUUGGACCAGACUGUGACCGACCAACUCUUCGGCCCCGCUAACAACGUGCUUGAUACUCGACCAGCUGAAAUUUUGCAAGCUGCCCUCUGGUACUCUUUCACUCAAUCUCUCACCGACCGUCCGGGUCCCAGCAUCUACGUUGAAGGUCACGGGCGAGAACCGUGGACGGGUUCCAUUGACCUUUCGGGAACGGUCGGUUGGUUUACAACCAUGUCUCCGCUAGUGUCCGCUCCGUGGGAUAGCCUAUCACAGACAUCGAUGCGGGACUUCCUCGAUGCGCUCAGCUAUAUCAAGGACCAGCGCCGACGCAUUCCGGCUAACGGAUGGGCGUACUUCACCUCACGAUAUUUGAACGACGAAGGCAAGGUCGCGUAUGGGCGCAUGAAGCCGGUCGUGGAAAUUCUGUUUAACUAUAUGGGCCAGUACCAGGAGAUGAACCGUGAGGACGCCAUACUACAGCUGGCUGGCGAUGGCAUCCAGUCCGGUACCGGUGCUGCAGACGUUGCGGACAACGUACCACGCUUUUCGUUGAUCGACGUUAGCGCGUUCAUCUCGAACGGAUGUCUAACCUUCCAGUUUAUACUCCCUAAAUCUUUGCAGCAGGACUCUCGACUGCAAGGGUGUUUUCAGGAAUAUGAACGCACUCUCGUCGCCGCUGCUAAUUCACUGUCAACUGAGGGCCCCCGCAAAACAUUGGCCGACUUUCCCCUUAUGCCUGCACUCACAUACGAUCAGCUAAGCCAGUGCCUUGAUCAUACGCUGCCUUCGAUGGGUUUGUGUGCCCGUGACGUUGUGGACAUCUAUCCCUGCUCCCCUGUGCAACAGGGAAUGUUGUUGGCCCAGCUGCGCGAUCGACAGGCAUAUCAGCAACGAUUCAGAUUCCAGGUUAAGUCUCGCGGGUCAACAGACCGACUCACAUUAGAAAAGCUGAAGGACGCUUGGACUGAAGUGAUCAACCGGCAUGACAUCCUCCGUACUCUCCUUCUACCAGUUUCGGAUUACAGCCACUUGGACCAAGUAGUCAUGGCCCCUGGCAGUCUUCAACAUCUGGUUCGGAUUAAUGCGAUGGACACCAAUCCCACACAGGGCCUACCACACUCGAUUAACAUCACCAGCGACUCAACCGGCACUGUAAUUUGCGAGUGGAAUGUCAGUCACGCCUUGGUCGAUGCCAUGUCGAUUGCGGUCAUUCAACAGGAGGUCAAUGAGGCGCUGGAAGGGUCGCUGGGUCAGCAUCAAAAAACACCGCGAUACGCAGAUUACAUCCAAUGGCUUUCUCUGCAAGACAACACCGAGACACAGGCGUAUUGGAAAAAGUACCUCGAGGGAGUGGAGCCAUGUCUCUUUCCAAAAUUGGCUUCUUCGACUGACAAAGUCAACCCGGAAGGUACCAUUUCUGCCAUUCGUGCCACCUGGACCCGCGAUUCGCGGUUGGACAAGCUAUGCCAUACGCACGGUAUCACAUUGACAAACCUAUUCCACAUUGUCUGGUCCCUUCUUCUCAGCGCCUAUCUAGGCACUGAUAAGGUUUGCUUCGGCUAUACGACCCUUGGUCGAGAUGUGCCUGUCGACGGGGUAGAGAAGAUGGUCGGCCCUCUAGUCAAUGUUAUUGCCACAACCAUCCAACUUCAAGAGGACGAUUCGAUCUUGGAUGCACUUCUCACUCAUCAAACCCAUCUCUCAAAUAGUCUCCAACACCAGCAUUAUGCGUUGGCAGACGUGUAUGCCUCUUUAGGUCUGGUCGGUUCUCAGCUGUUCAACACUAUCGUGUCUUUGCAGGAUAUAUCUCACUUCGAUGCCAACGACGAGCGGCCGACCAGGGUCGAAAUGCUCCCUGCAAAUGACGUCUCAGAGUAUGAUGUGGCUCUCAAUAUCGGUGUCGAUCAAUCUUCCAUUCAAGUGGUCUGCAGCUACCGAACACUAUCGCUGUCUGUGGAGCAGGCCGACGCGCUACUGCGAACUACCUCCCAUGUACUGGAUGAAAUCCUGAGGGAUCCCAAGCAACCGCUUCGGGACCUUGAGGUGAUUAGCCCCCAGUGUAAAGAGCAACUCGUAAAGUGGAACGCUGCCAUGCCUGCCCCGACCGAUGAAUACAUCCAUGAGAAGAUUCAGGACCAAUGCCGUCUCCACUCUUCCCGAGAAGCCGCUUGCGCCUGGGACGGCAUAUUUACGUUCGCUGAAGUUGACGACCUAUCGUCACGUCUGGCAGCACGGCUUAUUAGGAUGGGGGUUACCUCCGGUCACAUCAUACCAAUCUACUCACCCAAAUCCCGAUGGACGGUCAUCGCCAUUCUAGGAGUCCUAAAAACUGGGGCUGCCUUCACACUUCUAGAAACAUCGCAUCCGACGGCUCGACUGCGCGUUAUAUGCAAUGAGAUCAAGGCUGAUAUAAUAAUCGCGCCAGCAUCGCAUGCCGUCCCAGCGGCAACUUUGGCUCCUAUCCUAGUCGUGCUCGACAGCAUCACGUCGAUGAGCCCCCAAGAAUCAGAUCUCUUACCAGCUGUGGGUAUGCCACCGGCUGCAGAAGCUCUCGCCUAUCUCAUCUUCACUUCAGGCUCCACAGGAAACCCCAAGGGGGUUAUGGUCACUCAUCAGAAUUUGUGCAGUAAUGCGUCUAUAAUGACAACAUCUGUCAAUAUGACAUCCGACAGCAGGGUGCUACAUUUUGCAUCCCAUGCAUUCGAUGCGUGUCUUUGGGAAAUAUUUGGUGCCCUAUUUGCCGGUGCUUGUCUGAUCAUCCCGUCCGAGUCAGAGACCAAGGAAGAUCUGGCUGGUUGUAUCGAGCGCAUGGUCGUCACUUGGGCAUUUCUGACCCCUUCCGUCGCAAGGAUCUUAAAGCCAGAGGCCCUUCCCAGUCUCCGUAAUUUAGUCCUGGGAGGCGAGCCGAUAGCGGCCUCGGAUUUAGAUAUGUGGCGGGGUCACGUACAGGUUGUGUGUGCCUAUGGACCAACCGAAACCGCCAUCCUCGCCAGUACGACCUCACCCUCUACCUUUCCCAGCGAUGGCAAGGAUAUCGGCGUGCCAACUGGUAGCUCCCUUUGGAUUGUUGACAAGCAAAAUUACAACAAGCUGGCACCUCAUGGAGCCACAGGCGAGCUGCUGAUUGAGGGCCCCAAUGUGAGCCAAGGAUAUCUUGGGGAUCCAGAGAAAACCAAUGAAGCCUUCCCAGUCGCUCCACGCUGGCUGUCACAGCUCCGAAAGUCGCCUACCAGGGUCUACCGAACUGGUGACUUGGUUCGCUUCAACACAUCUACGGGCACCAUUCACUUCGUUGGACGCAAGGAUAACCAGAUCAAGUUCCACGGACAGCGCAUCGAGCUCGGUGACAUCGAACAUCAUGCUCAGCAGGCCUUUUCGAAUGCCAGCAUGGUCAUCGUCGAUUUGAUUACCCCUGAACAGCCUCAACAACCAUAUAUUGUUGCUUUCGUACAUCAAGCAGAUACAAGGACUGGAACGGCCGACCCAAUUGACACCAUCUUGCUUCCUCCCUCCGAAUCCUUCCGAGCAGACGCAAUAGGAGCGCAGAACCACAUGCACAAACGACUCCCGCACUACAUGGUCCCAACAGCUUUCCUCCCUUUGCAUCGGCUUCCUCUAUCAGGCACUGGCAAAGCCGAUCGCAAGCGCCUCCGACAAUGUGCACUCUCUCUGUCCAGCCUUGAGCUCAAUGCAUAUCGCGCCACAGCCUCCGCGAAGCGUAUGCCUUUCACCGCAGCGGAGUGCAAAAUGCAGGAAUUGGUUGCAACUGUUCUGGGAAGGGACAUGUCCGAGAUUGGCAUGGAUGACAGCUUUUUCUAUCUGGGAGGUGACUCCAUACAAGCAAUGCGCCUGGUUUCUGAGGGUCGUCAACAAGGCCUUACCCUCUCCCUUCAAGCAAUCUUUGACGCUCCCCGUCUGGGUGACCUUGCUUAUCGGACAGCCAACCUGGUCAGAGUGAGCGAGCCAGCCCCGCCCACAUUGCCAGCCACCUCAAGUGAUGAUUGCGACCAUAAAGAGACAAUAGUUGCAGCUCUGCCCAUCAAGAAGACUGACGUGGCCGAAGUCCUUCCCACAACCUCUUUUCAGCGCACCUGGCUAGACUCACAGCUGAAGAGCUACAUUGUCGUCGACAUCCCAGGCCCGAUCGAUCUUGCACGUCUCCGUACGGCCAUACAGCGGGUCGUGAAGGCGCACCCUAUUCUCCGAGCGUCCUUCGUGCCUUAUGAAACCACAACCAUGCAAGUUAUCCUCCGCACAGCAGUGGUCAUCACAAAGGCCGACCUGUCCACCACUACCGUGGAAGGCAUUUGCCGCAAGGAUGCAAAUGCCCCAAUGGCCCCUGGAACGCCGUAUCUGCGCGUCAUCCUAGCAACUCAAGGAGAAGUAGAUCGUAAACUGAUCAUGCGACUUUCUCACGCCCAAUACGAUGGUAUCUCACUCUCCCUACUCAUGAAUGAUCUGAGUCACGCAUACGCAAGCGAGUCUCGUCCAUUACCUUCAUCCCACUUGCCCGCGUUCAACGACUAUAUUACCUAUCAGCAAACUCAGGGAGCCGACCCCACAGCGACCACAUUCUGGCAUCGUCUCCUCAAAGACGUGCCAAUUACCUACCUUGAUCUCCAACCAGCCGAGACCCCAACCAGCAAUGGAUCCCUCAUUACACGUACCCGCGACAUUAAUAUUGCUGCCUUCCCAUCACUCCCUAACGGUAUCACCACAGCCACAGCUGUCAAGGCAGCCUGGUCGCUGGUCCUAGCCCAGAAGACUGGUUCCCUUGCCGUUAUAUUUGGCCAGGUUGUCCAUGGUCGGGGAAUUGCGCUUACCGGGGUUGAGGGUAUUGUCGGUCCUUGUGCUAAUAUUACGCCCGUCGUUGCACGCCUGGGUCCUCAAACUACAAGAAUGGAGUUAAUGCAAACGUUGCAAGACCAACACCGCUCUGCUAUGCCAUAUGAGACGGCCGGGCGUAAAGAGUUGCAAACAAUCGUGCAGCAUCAGAAUAAUGUGAUGGCUGACGAUAUGGAACUGUCGCUUGGAGAGGCAAGGUGUCGGGUCGAUCUGAGGGCAGUGGAUCAUGUGCCACAAGAGGUAUGGGUAUAUUCGUCUAUCGAUGGGGGAAGACCGGGUAUGUUGGAGGUGAAGAUCAUGUCGUCGACGUUGGUGUUGAGUGAGGAGGUUGCGGAAGAGUUGAUGGAUUUGCUUGUAGAGAUGAUGAAGAGGUUGUUUAGCGAUCCUGAGGGUGUGUGUGUUUGA